CAUACGUAGCUGGUCAAGUUAUACAACCUCUUGUUAAGUAGCUCAAGUAUGCUCAGGUUUCCUUAUUUAAGUUGCGCAGCCCUCUGAACUGUGUCUUCGCUCCCUACUUCGUCUCAUAUCCUCAUUGACACUCUCUCCUGGUGGUUUUGGAACAACGUCUACCCUACAUCCUCACACCAAUAACACAAAUUAGCCAUCAUGUCUAACCUACCAUCAGAGCCCGAAUUCGAGCAGGCCUACAAGGAGCUUGUAAGCACGCUCGAGAACAGCUCGCUUUUCACCAAGAACCCCGAGUACAAGACCGCCUUGAAGGUCGUCUCCAUCCCAGAGCGCAUCAUCCAGUUCAGAAUCGUCUGGGAAGACGACAGCGGCAACCUGCAGGUCAACCGCGGUUACCGUGUUCAGUUCAACUCGGCGCUCGGCCCGUACAAGGGCGGUCUCCGAUUCCACCCUACCGUCAACUUGUCCAUCCUCAAGUUCUUGGGCUUCGAGCAGAUCUUCAAGAAUGCCCUGACCGGCCUCAACAUUGGUGGCGGCAAGGGUGGUGCCGACUUCGACCCCAAGGGCAAGAGUGACAACGAGAUCCGCAAGUUCUGCGAGUCUUUCAUGAGAGAGCUCUCGAAGCACAUUGGCGCCGACACCGACGUGCCCGCCGGUGAUAUCGGUGUUGGUGGACGCGAGGUUGGCUACCUCUUCGGAGCAUACCGCCGCCAGCGCAACAGGUGGGAAGGUGUUCUGACUGGCAAGGGAGGCUCUUGGGGCGGCAGCUUGAUCCGACCUGAAGCCACCGGAUACGGUCUCGUCUACUACGUCGGACACAUGCUUGAGCACGCCGGCAAGGGCGGCUGGGAAGGAAAGCGCGUCGCCAUCUCCGGAUCUGGAAACGUCGCUCAGUACGCUGCUCUGAAGGUUAUUGAGCUCGGUGGUACUGUUGUGUCCCUUUCGGAUUCUCAGGGAGCUCUCAUUGCCGAGGGCGACGCCAAGUUCAGCCCCAAGGAUGUUGAGAAGAUUGCCGAUAUCAAGCUUGCACGAAAGUCCUUGACCGCCUACGAGCACGAGGGUGCUUUCAAGUACAUCGAGGGUGCUCGCCCCUGGGUCCACGUCGGCAAGAUUGACGUGGCACUGCCAUGUGCUACCCAGAACGAGGUCAGCAAGGAGGAGGCCGAGACACUCGUCUCCAACGGCUGUCUGUUCGUUGCCGAGGGUUCCAACAUGGGUUGCACACAGGAGGCCAUUGACGUGUUCGAGGAGCACCGCAAGGAGAAGGGCUCCAGCGCUGUCUGGUACGCCCCAGGAAAGGCGUCCAACGCUGGUGGUGUAGCAGUCUCCGGACUUGAGAUGGCACAGAACAGCCAGCGUCUGAGCUGGACACGCGAAGAGGUUGACGAGAAGCUUGCUCAAAUCAUGAAGAACGCCUUCGAGAACGGUCUGAACACUGCCAAGGAGUACGUCGAGGCCAAGGAAGGAGAGUACCCAAGCUUGGUUGCCGGUAGCAACAUUGCAGGAUUCGUCAAGGUUGCCCGCGCAAUGCACGACCAAGGUGACUGGUGGGCGUAGGAGCCGUUCACUAAUCACCUCAUGUACUUCAUAGCGAUAUUGAUACCCUUUACCCUACUAUUUGUAGUGACCCCUCUCCCGACCGAGCAUGUUAUCAGUGACAAUUACA